AUGUGUUUCGGGAGCAGGAAGACAGACGAGGAGGGCCAGAACCGGUCGCGUGAGCUCGACAAAAUCAUUCGACAAGAUGAGAAGCGCCUGGCAAGAGAAGUCAAGCUUCUCCUAUUGGGUGCCGGAGAGUCGGGAAAAUCGACAGUAUUGAAGCAGAUGAAGUUAAUAUACGCGCAAGGGUUCAGCAAAAACGAAAGACUGGAGUGGAAACCGGUAGUGUUCAACAACGUAGUCCAGUCGAUGAGACUUAUUUUCGAUGUAAUGAACGACCAGUCAAUCGAGUUUGAGAACAAGGAGAACGAGGUAAGAAAACACUUGUUUUGCAAACAAUUUAACACUCGCAGCUAUUUCUUUUUCCUGGCCUGGACUACUGGUGCGGAACUGACCAAUUGUUGCAAACAGAAAAACCAGGCUCUUAUUCUUGUCGACCACGAGAUAUCACUCAACGACAACCUACCCGAGGAUUACCUCGAGCCAGUCAAGGCACUAUGGGCCGAUGCCGGUGUCCAGAAGGCCGUCCUCAAAGGAAAUGAAUACGCUCUCCAUGACAACCUGUCAUAUUUCUGCGACGACCUCGACCGUAUUUGGACCAAGGGCUACAUACCAAAUGAUCAAGAUUUGCUGCGCUCGAGGCUGAGGACGACGGGCAUUACGGAAACGAUUUUCGACCUGGGCCAGCUGACUUACCGAAUGUUUGAUGUUGGUGGUCAGCGAUCAGAACGGAAGAAGUGGAUACACUGUUUCGAAAACGUCAACUGUCUUCUCUUCCUCGUUGCUAUUAGCGGUUAUGAUCAGUGUCUGGUUGAGGACAAGGAUGGCAACCAAAUGAAUGAGGCAUUGAUGUUGUGGGAAUCAAUAGCCAACUCGCAUUGGUUUACCAAGUCUGCUUUGAUCCUCUUUCUUAACAAGAUGGAUUUGUUCAAGGAGAAGCUGGUCUCCAGCCCCAUCACGAGUCACGGCUUUGUCGACUACCAGGGCCCCCAAGACGACUGGAAGCAAGCGAGCAAAUAUUUUAUGGACAAGUUCCGAGCCCUCAACAGGAAUCCGGAGAAAGAAAUCUAUGGCCACUUCACCAACGCCACCGACACAAACUUGCUGAAGAUCACCAUGGGCUCAGUGCAGGAUAUGAUCAUCCAGCGCAACCUGAAGCAGCUCAUCUUGUGA